AUGAAGGUGAGUGGAGAGGAAGAGCCGUCCGCCAAGGGGGUGAACCCACCGAAUAUGUUCAACCUGCGACUCGAACAGCAGGCCCGGCGCGUCAUGGAGAAAAUCCACUUGCGGAAAAAGUUCUUCGGUACGGUGAUGCCGAACGUGUACGGCUGGAAGCCGCUCAUGAGGAGAUACCAUUCCAGCUUCGAACUACGGUCCGACGUUUCGGCCUGGAACGGGGAGGAAUACACCGAGGACGAUUACAUCGAAUUCAUAGACGCCAUCGAAUCGACGACAGGCCAUCAGGCGGAUUUCUCGCAUUUGGAGGGCAUCGUACAGUCCUGGGAAAGGCGGGGGCAAGAACAGGAAAACAACGAGGAUGUCAAACUCGACGAGAUGCCGUUCAACGCUGAAAGCCUCAUCUUCGAAACGGCUCCAGAGGGCAGGGUUUACAAAUGUAAAAUAAGAAGGGAAAAAAGAGGGACGUUUCCCGUCUUUUGCCUCUACUUCCAGCACGCGCCAAAGAAAAGGACCUUCCUCCUUGCCGGUAAGAAAUGUAUGUUCAGCAGAUCGGGUAGCUACACGAUAUCAACAGAUCCUGACAACUUUUCUCGAAAGGCUCCCACUUACAUAGGAAAGUUGAAUUCCAACCUGAUAGGCACAAACUACACCCUUUACGACGUCGGUAGGUACUCGAAUCGGGACUUUUCCAUAGAGCUGGGCGGGAUUAUAUACAAGAAGAACCUGUUCGGUCUGAAAGGACCGAGGAAAUUCACAGUGAUCCUCCCUUCCGUGGAUAGUGACGGAUCGAGGACAGAGAUUUCAGCGGGAAAGAAGUCGAGAAGCUCCAUCCUCCACGAAUCCUUCAGGAACAACCAGACGAACGGCAUUAUUACUUUUCAGAACAAGACGCCCACCUGGGACGCCACCAAGAGGGUCCAUGUGAUCAACUUCGAAGGUCGCGUAAAGAGGGCGUCGGUGAAGAACUUCAAGCUUGUCCGGGGCGUCGAACCGGAAUCCCUCGUCAUGCAGUUCGGCAAGAUCUCGCGAGAUUCCUUCUCCAUGGAUUACAGCUACCCGCUUUGCGCUCUCCAGGCGUUCGGAAUAGCCCUGAGUAGUUUCGACUACAAACUCGCCUGCGAAUAG